UGACAGGAAGUGUGUGAGGCGGAAUCACUACCGCUGCCUCUCCUGCUAGUUUAGCCCGACAAACGGCGGAUUUCUUUAUUCGUUCACCGCCUCGGAGGGAUGUGGACGUGAAUUAUGCGUUUUAAGACCGACCCGGGGCAAAGAUGCAAUGGAGGUCGAUAGUAGUUGGUCUGGUCGUGUUGAGACUGUCCCUCAGCUGCGUGCUGUGGUUAGCCUUCGGACUGGGACCGAGCGUUAGCUGGGGCUUCAACUUCCACCUCAGCUUCAAUUUGCACAAACUGGACUUGCUGUUCAGGGAGGAAAAGGGCACCGAGGCGAGCGGAAACUCCUGGUCCCAGCGCAUACAGGGUCAGCGGUAUGAAGAGGCGGCGACCACCUGUGCGAAGGCUGGAGAGCAGUCCAGACCCAAGAGGUCCUACCUGAGCUUCUUCGACGGCAACAAGGACGAGUACGUGCGGAGAUACAGCUCCUUCCCGGACACGCUCAAAGCAAAGAUGAAAGACAUGGCCAAAGAAAUGUUCUAUUUCGGAUAUGACAAUUAUAUGAAAUAUGCCUUUCCUGAGGACGAGCUGAAUCCCAUUGACUGUGAAGGGAGGGGUCCAGACGUGCUAAACCCGUCCAACAUCAACAUAAAUGACGUCCUGGGGAACUACUCUCUGACACUCAUUGACACCUUAGACACCCUGCUGGUGCUCGGCAACGUGACAGAAUUCCACAGAGCCGUCAAGCUGGUUAUAGAUACCGUGUCUUUUGACAAGGACUCGACUGUCCAAGUGUUCGAGGCAAACAUCAGGAUCUUGGGAAGCCUGAUCUCAGCGCACAUUCUGCUGACUGACCCAAAGCAUCCAUUUGGCGAGGUGGGCUUCGACGGUUACGAUAACGAGCUGCUGCACUUGGCUCACGACCUGGCUGUCCGCUUGCUGCCAGCCUUCGAGAACACCAGCACGGGGAUCCCCUACCCCAGGGUGAACCUGAAGAGCGGCGUUCCUCCUGACAGCAUCAACGAGACCUGUACCGCCGGCGCCGGGUCCCUGCUGGUGGAAUUUGGGAUUCUGAGUCGCUUGAUUGGAGAUUCCACAUUUGAGUGGGUAGCGAGACGGGCCGUCAGAGCUCUGUGGAACCUGAGGAGCAACGAAACCGGUCUGUUGGGGAAUGUAGUUAACAUCCAAACAGGCCAGUGGGUUGGCAAGCAGAGCGGCCUUGGAGCUGGUAUGGACUCCUUCUACGAGUAUUUGCUGAAGUCCUACAUCCUUUUCGGCGAGAAGGAGGACUACCGCAUGUUUCAGGCUGCUUACGAGAGCAUACAGAACCACCUGAGAAGAGGAAGGGAGUCAUGCAACGAAGGCGAGGGCGACCCACCCCUCUACGUGAACGUGAACAUGUUCAGCGGUGAGAUCAUGAACACCUGGAUCGAUUCCCUUCAGGCCUUCUUUCCUGGGCUGCAGGUGCUGAAUGGCGACGUGGACAACGCCAUUUGCCUGCACGCUUUCUACUACGCCAUCUGGAAGCGCUUCGGAGCGCUGCCGGAGAGGUACAACUGGCAGCUGCAGGCUCCCGAUGUGCUCUUCUACCCUUUGAGGCCGGAGCUGGUGGAGUCGACCUACCUGCUGUACCAGGCGACCAAAAAUCCUUUCUAUUUGCAUGUGGGGAUGGAUAUUCUUCAGAGCCUUGAGAAAAAUGCCAAAGUCAGAUGUGGGUACGCAACUCUGCACCACGUCGUGGACAAAUCCAAAGAGGACCGCAUGGAGAGCUUCUUCCUGAGCGAGACCUGCAAAUACCUGUACCUGCUGUUUGACGAGGACAACCCGCUCCACAAAUCCGACAACAAGUACAUCUUCACCACAGAGGGCCACGUCGUGCCUAUAGACAAGCGCUUCAGGGAGAAACAGUGGAACGACUUGUUCCCGUGUGAGGAGGGAGCGCUGGCAGAAAGAGAGCCACAGAACCAGCCGGCACCGAGCAACAUCAGCAACUCACGGUCUGUCCUUUGCUCUCUGCAGUGUAACCGGAUCCCAGACGAGCGGCGCUACACUCUGCCGUUGAAGAGCGUCUACAUGCGGCAGAUCGAUCACAUGGUGGGACUUUUCUGAGCGAGGGGACGGAUGUGGGGACAUUUGCAUGGGCAGGCCUGAGAAGAAACCCCUCGUUGGUCAAAAUCCUCGUCUCAUCUGCUCCGGAUCCAGACAGCAGCCCGACACUAAAGGAAUCCUGAGAAAGCAGCGUGACUUCUCGCUGUAUUAAAUUAGGGGUGUUUUCUGCUUUUCGGUGGGUGAGGAUGUCAAAUUAGGACUCAUCCUUUAUUAUUAUUAUUAUUAUUAUUAUUUUGUGGCUGAUGACAAAUUGAGACUGUUUAAGUGGUUUUAGAAUAACGGAUGUGUUCUAGUGAAGCAAAAAAAAAAAGUCUGUUCAGGUAUGAGUGCAUGUGUGAUUGUGUGUGUGUGUGUGUGUGUGUGUGUGUUUUGAAUUACAGCUGAGCUGUGAAUCAUGUUAUUAUUUUUAUGGGAACAGUGCCAUCUAGCCACACACAUGUAAAACGUACAGCCUGUAAAAGUGCUCACCUCUGAAAGCAUCUCUCUAAACGUGAUGAUUAGUGCCUCUUUGCAGUUGAUUCACUCGACUAGAUCAGUGCUUUUACACAAGGGCUCCACAUUAGCAGACAGACAGACAGACAGGCGACGACUUAUGCACACACUGUACAACCCUGUUUCCUGUAACGUGCUUUAGAUUGUGCCUGAAGGAAAACCGUUGAUCUUUUGUACAUCCGAGGCAGGUUUUCAAACUCGUUCAAACAGCUGUCACGUCUUUUUGACUCUGAAAUGUUUGUUUUCCAAAAUAGCACUAGCAAUAUUGCAAAGGGUUUUAGAUUGGCUUCGAUUUUGUUUUGCACAUUUGUCAAGUGGAAACCUCAGCAAAGGCUGCUUCCCAGCCAGGGAGUAACAGACGACAUGAUGGUGAACUGCUUCCUGCCUGUCUGGUGUGAACGUGCUUCUAAUAAUUCAGAACCAACAGAAGCGUUGAUCUCUCAGGCCUCUAGUUACUCGAUGUCUUACUGUGGGGAAACAGAUGUGCCAUGGCCGGAUGAGAGAGAGGUUCACGGUGACUCUUUAAAGUGCCUUCAAUGCGUCUUGGUCUCUCUGGAUGCUGUACAGCGCCCACUCGUUGUGGAUGACAUGUCUGUAGAUGUUUCGAGGCCACUGUUCUUGCACAACAAGUGUCAUUCCAUGUGUAUGUACAGUUUUACACUGAUUAUGACAUUCAGCUCCUUUUUAGACAAAACAAGCCAUACCAUGUGUUCUUUUUAUGGUUUAACAAGUGAAAAUGUUUUCUGUUAUGUUUCUGUCGGGCAUGUUUCCGACACAGAUUCUCCUCGUUUCGAUCAGACAGAAGUCGUCGUUUGCUGUUUCUCUUCGGUGCACAUCGUACCAGUCGGCUGUCAUGUGGUGAGAACUCAGGGUUUAAAAGAAACAAAAAUCAAUGAAUGCUUUCAUAAGAAAUAAACCUUUCUUGAAAUGUCGUUGCCUACCAUGUCUUAGGAUAGCCUUAGGUAUUUAUAUCGCAAACCACCUUGGUCGUCUGAGGUCAAAGAACAGCGACGCUGAAGCACAGCUGUACUGUGAAUAUUCAUUAUUGUUCUACGCCGUCAGAAAAAGUCUCAUGAACUGUGAUGUUUUGCUCAUGUACAACUCCUCUGAGGUGUAUUUUGUGGCUGGUUGAUUGUUUUGCCAGACAUCCUGACUGUACAUGGACUCUGCUGGCUCAACAUCAGCAUCUUCUUUGGUUUUGGGAGUCAGCUGUCCACUUUCUCAUGCGUUGUUUAAACUUCCCCGCCGCGUAUCGGCGACAUUAUGUCAAAGGAACAGUCUGAGAUUGUGCAAAAUAUGUUUCUUGCUAAGAGCUGAAUGAAAAGAUGGACAUGACUCGAUGCUUCUGUGCUCACACGUGUCCAGGUGAACCCUGCUUUUCACUUAAAGUAAACCGGGAUUGAGCGAUGA